AAUAUGCACAAUGCACAAUGAGACGCCAAGUCUCAGUGCUAUAAAUUGAGGUGCGAUGGCGGCCUGCCAGUGCAUCGGUUGCUCGAGAGCCUUCCGCCGAUUCCAAAGAACACAGCGCAUCCCUUUUGCCUAUCUAUCGUUGACACUUACGCUAUGUUGUCUCCUUUAAUGCUUUCGCUUUCCCUGGCCGCGGCGUGUGCCACUGCCCAGACUACGACAAACACGACGUCCUUGAUCGAGGAGCUCAUCGUAGCCCCCGACCAUGUCGACCGUGUCGCCGACCUUCCGAAGGACUCUGAGUUCGUUUUUGACUUCUUGAAUCCUCCUGAAUCCGGUGUUGUCCAGGGUGCUGCUGGACAUCUAGUAUUGGCAUCGGUGUCAGACUUCCCAGCGCUCGUCGGUAACGGUGUUGCACUACUCGCGGGCUUCCUUGGGCCUUGCGGGAUGAACACGCCGCACACGCACCCGCGUGCAACCGAGUUUCUGUACUGUCAACGGCACGUUGCAGAAUGGCAUGCUCACCGAAACCGGAUCACGAUUCGUCGUCAACAACAUGACGGCGGGUCAGGCAAUGCUGUUGCCUCAGGUCGUAGGAUUUCUGCACUUAAUUCAGAGGAUCCUGGAACCUUGCUUGCCGCACAAGGUGUUCGGCUUGCCUCCUGCAUCGUCGCCGCGACUCUGGGCGAGAUCGGUGUCGAAGAGGUCGCCAGUCUAGCAGAAAUGAUCCCUGAUGACGUUGCUUACGGAUCCCAAGAAUGUCUGACGCGUUGCGGCAUUUCCAUCGGCACUCAGCCGACAAACGAGCAAGUGCCUCGCGUUUCAGCAAAUGCCCUACCUUCUGGAUCGGUCAGUGCAUGGACCGCCACCGCUACCUCGACGUCUGCAGCGGAAGCCACGAAUCUUGAAGGUCGUGAUCUCCUUGGUGGCAAUUCCUCUGGCGAGACAGCGCACUAUAAUGCAUCGGGAUACCACGCUGCCUUGACUGCGAUGGUCAUACUCGUCCUGAUCAUGGGGGCCGGCUACAUCGGUCUUGCAGUGCUCUUCUGCGUGGCCCGGCACAAGGCCGCCAAGGGUAGUGGACAGCCUGAGGCUCGGUCGUGGAUCAGACCGACGAUGCAAACUGGACAUUGACGCCUUACCUUGACCAAGUACGACAGCGGAGACGCAGAGACACGUGGUGCUUAUGGAUCCACGACUCUUGAUGGCUAGUGCCAACCUGAGCAAUAUUCCAAAGCAGACGAGUUGCCAGCUGAAGAGAGGGGCCGGGGCUGCGCUGUCGAUGCCAUGUAGCCAGAUCACUAGAACGAGUAGCCGAUUCACUCCAUGUGAUUGUUUAUUUAUUGGUAUACUCCAUGACGGACCAGGGUGCACGAGAGGACUUCAAAGACUCGGAAUAUACGAAACCAAGAUGUACUUAUAUGGCGGAUCGUGCCAUCAGAUCUGAAUCUUCGCGAGUUGCCGAGGGCCACAACUUGAACCAGA